AUGCCACCUCCAGGAUCCAUGAGGAAGUACUUGCCCGAAGACGCCCGUGGUCCAAGAUGUGCGGAGAGGUUGAAGAUUGAGGCGGACCGUGCUGUUGCUGCCCAGAAGGCAAGACAUGCUGCUGCUGGCGAGGACACAAAGCUUGAAGAGGAGGGCAACCGCUCCAGCGAAGAAGAGGCAUUAGACAAAGAUUCCGGCGAGGAAGUGCCGCGUACAGAAGACCAGCCUAGCACUGCGCCUGGCCAGGUCAUCCGCCAACCCGAUCGUUCGUUCCCUGUACUGAUCAAGCAAGAGAGAUACUCUCCUCCUGCUGGUCAGCAACUCCCUUUUGCAACCGUGCGUCCUCAACAGCAACAACCUGCUAGUUCGCCAAUUCGUCGUCGGCAGCCAUCCAGGGCCACCAAGGACAUUGGUCUCGUCCGACAAAGUCUUACCGCAGCCGCAGAAGCUCCGAGUCGAUCACCUCGUCGCAGUCAGGGAAGAACCCCGGCUCGCACACCGGCGAGGAGCCAACCGGCCAGCGUUCCUGCCCAGACCAUCACUCCAAUCCUAGUACCAGUCAUCCCGGCACAUGCAUUGCUGCUAAUUCAACAACAGCAGCAGCAGCAGCAGCAACAGACUCGUCAAGCUGUCGACAAUUUUGAGACUGGAAGACAUCGGUCCGGAGCUAGCAAUGCCCCCCGGGCUCCUCCUUUCAGUGCUUCCCGGGCUCUUUCCUUUGCAGUCGCUCCUCCGCAGGAUCCCGCGGCUCGCGCUUCGGCGGUUCCCGCACCCGAUCCUGCUCCUCGUUUCUCGGAGCCCCAAGAACCUGUCACUCCAGCUCCACCCACAGCUCGCCAGGAUAAAGGCACAGCUCCCCAGGCCGUUGAGGCCGCUGCUGCUCCGGCCCCUGUUCCUGAGCCUGGUUCUGCUGUCCCUUGUGUCAUUCCUGCCCCCCUCUCGGCGGCUGCAGGUACCAGCAUAAACGCCAAUAAGGAGUGGAGAAAGGCAACAAAGCUUGCCAGGAAGCUCAAGAGCCUGGCUAGGGAGUCAGCGUAUGUCAGGGAGCAUACGGACCGUGAGCUGAAGAGGCUUGCCAAGAAGAGCAAGCGUCUCGAGAAAAAGGCUAAGGCUUUGGCAAAGCGGAACGAGGCGGGCGGCAAUGAGUGA